AUGUCCCUGGAUAUGGAGCAGCCGAUUGUGGUGGUCACCAUCAACUUCAGACUGGGGGCUUUUGGAUUUUUGGCGUCGGCUGAUCUUGAGCUGGAUAACCGGAGAUCAGGCGAUGCUGGCGUGGGAAACUAUGGGAUCCACGACCAGAUUCUGGCGUUGCAGUGGGUGAGGAGGUAUAUUGGCGCAUUUGGUGGUGAUCCGGAGCUGGUGACGGUGGUGGGUCAGAGUGCGGGUGGCAAUCUAUCGCGCUGGGCGGCGCAUCAGGAACUCUUCAACCAGGCAGUGAUCAUGUUGGGCAAUACCUUCCUCACGUCUCGUAGUCUCGAACUUCAAGAAGGCAUAUACCAGACGAUCCUUGCACACCUGCGGACUCCCUCUGAUAUGCCAACAUUGGACAGAAUCCGACGCUUGCGGGACGUACCGGCAAAUGAGCUGUUGGACGCGUACAUAGCCACUGGAUCUCCCCUACCGAAUUGGCAAGCCACAGUCGAUGGUUUCUUGCUGGAUGAACUUCCCCGGCCUUCGAGGAUUGGGAACCAGCAGUACGAUGCGUAUGUACGCAGAAUCAUCAUCGGACAUCAUCUGGGGCCCGCGGAAAUCGCAAAACUCGGCUGGACACCAGGCAAGAUCCGCCACUUACUCUCUUCCUACUUCCCUGCCGAACUCGUCACGCAUAUGACUCUGUUCUACGAUCUCUCGGACUUCCCCAACGAGUAA